AUGUUGAGGAGGCAAGUUCCUAGAAACUUCGAAUGGCAACAAGAUUGUGAGAAUAAGAAUCUGAAUCUUAUCCUUCAAUCUCAACGCACAAACCAACUACGAAGGAGGAUGGCAUUUUCCGUUACUUUUUGCUUUUUUGGCUCAGAUUUUAGCUAUAGUAGCCACCAUUCCGGGAAUAUUUGGUUUGCUCUGGGGGCAUCUUCCUCGGAUCCGUUUGUUCAGCAACAACUGGACAGGGUUGAUAGGCUGCCGGGUCAAACGUUUAACAUCGAAUUCGCACAUUACUCUGGGUAUGUCACAGUCAACCUGGAAUCUGGGAGGGCACUGUUUUACUGGUUCUUUGAAGCUGCUUCAGACCCUGAAACGAAGCCUCUUGUUCUAUGGCUCAAUGGAGGACCUGGCUGUUCCUCCAUUGCCUAUGGGGAAGCAGAGGAAAUUGGUCCCUUUCACAUUCGGCCAGAUGGCAAGACCCUUUAUCUAAAUCCAUACUCUUGGAAUCAAGUUGCCAACAUUCUUUUUCUUGAUUCUCCCGUUGGAGUUGGAUUUUCGUAUUCAAACACUUCAUCCGACAUAGAGAACAAUGGGGAUAAGAGGACUGCUGACGACUCGUUGGAAUUCCUAUUGAAGUGGCUUGAGCGGUUUCCUCAGUAUAAAGGAAGAGAUUUCUUUAUCUCCGGUGAAAGCUAUGCAGGGCAUUAUGUUCCUCAACUUAGCCAGGUUAUUGUGAAUUACAACAAGAACGCCAAAGAAAAAGUUAUCAAUCUGAAAGGUUACAUGGUAGGAAAUGCCCUAACUGAUGAUUACAAUGAUCACAGGGGAGUUGCCCAGUUUUUGUGGUCAUCCGGUUUGAUUUCUGAUCAAACAUAUCAGCAAAUGAACCUUCAAUGUGAUCACGAGUCUUUCAUGAAUCCUUCAGAUUCAUGUGUAAAAACUUUAGAGAAUGCUGACAAAGAAAUUGGCCUCGUUGAUCAGUACAGUAUCUUCACUCCUACAUGCGCUGCUAAUGUUAGCCAGGCAAACGAGCUGGUGAAAAGAAAGCAUAAAAUUGGCAGACUUAGAGCCGUAUACGAUCCUUGCACUGAGAAGCAUUCCACUAUAUACUUCAAUCUACCUGAGGUCCAGGAGGCUCUUCAUGUUGAUCCAGCUCACAGGCCUGCUGAAUGGCAGACCUGCAGUGACAAGGUAAGUGGAAACUGGAAGGAUUCUCCAUUGACAGUGCUUGAUAUUUACCGUGAACUAGUUCAGGCGGGACUGAGGAUAUGGAUGUUCAGUGGUGACACAGAUGCUGUGAUCCCAGUGACAUCCACUCGUUACAGCAUAGAUGCUCUGGAACUUAAAACUGUGAGCCCUUGGCGUCCUUGGUAUGAUGAUGGGCAGGUGGGAGGAUGGACACAAGAAUAUGAAGGACUCACUUUUGUGGCAGUAAGGGGGGCAGGGCACGAGGUUCCUCUGCACAGACCAAAAUAUGCUCUCUCUCUCAUCAAAGCCUUCCUUGCUGGAACUUCCAUGCCUUCCCUUGACCUUCAGCUUGUCAGUGCCUCUUGAAAUCGACUUUUCAUUUUGUUCCACUUCAGACUCUUUAAUUAAAUCUUCAAUUUAGCUUUUGAAGCUGUGUCACUUCUCUAAUAAAUUCUUGCUCUCCAGUCCUUUUGCUAUAUGAGCAACACAGUUCAUUAUAUCUGCUAUUUAUACUGUUGGAAAACUCAAUGUACUGAAUACA